ACCAUCUCGGUGUUCUGAGCCGUCUUACAGAGAAGGCCAGGGAAAGCGCCAUGGAACACGUGACGGAGGGUGCCUGGGAGUCGCUGCAGGUGCCGCUACAUCCUCGGGUGCUGGGCGCACUGCGCGAGUUGGGCUUCCCGCACAUGACGCCGGUGCAGUCGGCCACCAUCCCUCUGUUCAUGAAAAACAAAGAUGUCGCUGCGGAGGCUGUGACAGGUAGUGGGAAAACCCUGGCCUUUGUCAUCCCCAUUGUGGAGAUUCUUCUGAGAAGGGAGGAGAAGUUAAAGAAGAGCCAGGUUGGAGCCAUCAUCAUCACUCCCACUCGGGAGCUGGCCAUUCAGAUCGACGAGGUCCUUUCGCACUUCACAAAGCACUUCCCGCAGUUCAGUCAGAUCUUGUGGAUCGGAGGCCGGAACCCUGGAGAAGAUGUGGAGAGGUUCAAGCAGCAUGGUGGGAACAUCAUUGUGGCAACCCCAGGCCGCCUGGAGGACAUGUUCCGGAGGAAGGCUGAGGGUCUGGACCUGGCCAGCUGUGUGAGAAGCUUGGAUGUCCUGGUGCUGGAUGAGGCAGACAGACUUCUUGACAUGGGCUUUGAAGCAAGCAUAAACACCAUCCUGGAGUUUUUGCCAAAGCAGAGGAGAACAGGCCUUUUCUCAGCCACGCAGACACAGGAAGUGGAGAAUUUGGUGCGAGCGGGCCUCCGGAACCCUGUCCGAAUCUCUGUGAAGGAGAAAGGUGUGGCAGCCAGCAGUACCCAGAAGACCCCAUCCCGCCUGGAGAACCAUUACAUGAUAUGUAAGGCAGAUGACAAAUUCAAUCAGCUGGUCCAUUUCCUUCGGAACCAUCAGCAGGAGAAGCACCUAGUCUUCUUCAGCACGUGCGCGUGUGUGGAGUACUAUGGGAAGGCCCUGGAGGCGCUGCUCAAGAGAGCCAAGAUCCUGUGCAUCCACGGGAAGAUGAAGUACAAGCGCAAUAAGAUCUUCAUGGAGUUCCGCAAGCUGCAGAGUGGGAUCUUGGUGUGCACGGAUGUGAUGGCCCGGGGAAUUGAUAUUCCUGAAGUUAACUGGGUUUUACAGUACGAUCCUCCCAGCAAUGCCAGUGCCUUCGUGCAUCGCUGUGGACGCACAGCCCGGAUAGGCCACGGUGGCAGCGCUCUGGUGUUCCUACUGCCGAUGGAGGAGGCGUACAUCAACUUCCUGGCCAUUAACCAGAAAUGUCCCCUGCAGGAGAUGAGCCUCCAGAGAAACACAGUAGACCUUCUGCCAAAGCUCCGGGCCAUGGCCAUGGCCGACAGGGCAGUGUUCGAGAAGGGCAUGAAAGCCUUCGUGUCCUUCGUCCAGGCUUAUGCAAAGCACGAGUGCAGCCUCAUCUUCAGGCUGAAGGAUCUUGACUUUGCAAGCCUUGCUCGAGGGUUUGCCCUGCUAAGGAUGCCCAGGAUGCCAGAACUGAGGGGGAAGCAGUUUCCAGAUUUUGUGCCCGCAGACAUCGAUACUGACAUGAUUCCAUUUAAAGAUAAAAUUAGAGAAAAACAGAGGCAGAAACUUUUGGAGCAGAAACGAAAAGAGAGGACAGAAAAUGAAGGGAGAAGAAAGUUCAUCAAAAAUAAAGCUUGGUCGAAGCAGAAGGCCAAGAAGGAGAGGAAGAAGAAGAUGAAGGCAAAGAGGAAAAAGGAUGAGGUAGAGUGUGGUGCUCUUUGUUCCUUAGCCUCCUCCUUAGAACCCCGACAUUCAGUGUGUGAGGACAGCAACGUGGCCACAGUGGGCUGGGCUGUGUGGACACCGCACUCCCCCGUUCAUUUUGGAGCCUCUGGUGUUGACCCUGGCUCCUGUAGGCCCAACAGGAUCUGCUGCUUUCUAGAGCCGCAGCUAACAGCCUUGUUGCUUCUGCACUCAGGGUUCGGAUAUCGAUGACGAGGACAUGCAGGAACUCCUUAAUGACACAAGGCUCUUGAAAAAGUUUAAGAAAGGUAAGAUCACAGAAGAAGAAUUUGAGAAGGGGUUGCUGACAAGCACCAAAAGAACAGUCCCGCUGACAGACUUAGGGGUCUCAGACUUGGAAGAGGACGGCUGACCUCAGCCUCAGGUCAAGGCUGUUACACCACUGGCCUGUUACUACACUGGCCUACACUCCUGCCCUUCCUGGAAGACUGUUCUGGAAAGCUGUCUGCGCUGACAGGGAAACACCAAAGAACUGUACACCCACGAGCACUACAGUCCUGCCAGAGUCUCACAGAAUUCAUUAUUUGAGUGGAAAUUUGUACUUUAUAACAGAUGUCAGUAUUGGUUUUGAUUAAGUGUACUUUUUCUGGUGUAAUUUUGUACUUUAUUACAGACUUGAAAAUAUUUUCAUAUAUAU